GCGUGUGUGACUUGAUAUAAGGCUGGCGCAUGCGUCCCACACGCAGUACUGUCUUGUGCUGUGAUCUGUGAGUGAGGAAAAUGCCGGUACUAAUUUACUUAAUCGGGAUAAUUAGCGCAGCAGUUGCUGCUCCACCGGUGCCAUCUGGUUACUACACUCAGGAGCAAUAUCAACAAAUAAAUCCAUUGGACUAUUAUGCGGGAGCACAGCAGUUAGAAAACUUCUAUAGCCAACCUCAACAGAAGCAAGAGGCUUCAAACACUGAUGACAGUCCAUCAAGACUGGAGACCCUGGACCCUGAUAGUGAGGUGGAACUCAUACCCGGAGCACAGCAGCCUCAGCAGCCUCCACAGCAGACUCCUCUUGCUCCAAAUAUUCCUGGUUUGAUUCCAGGCCAGAGAGUGUUUAUUGUUCACAUGCCCGUGCCAGGCGUUAGACCCGGAACAGUUGGCGGAUACCAACCUGUUUACAUCGUGGCAGCCGCACCACAAGGAAAUAACGCUUAUCCAGGAUACCAGAAUCCAGUUCUUCUGGAUCCAUCAGGACAAGUAGCUCAAGUGCCGUACCAAAAUCCAGGCUAUCAAGGAAGCCCUAACAUAUUCCUGGGAUCUGCGCCUGUUCAACGACCAUUUACGUUCGCCUACCCCAACCCAGCUUAUCAGGCUGUUCCGGUUGAGAAAGCCCCAGGUUUAAACCAAUUUGUAUCCAUUGAGGGACCAGCUCAAACAGCCGCUUUAAAUCAACCAAAGAACAAACCGAAAUUAAGCCAAAUGAGAGAACAGACCAAAGAAGAAUAUGAACCACAAGCGAAUUCCCAAGCUUUACCAAUCCAACGACCAAAACUUUAAUUAUUUAUUAAAAAACGUAAAAAAAAAGCUUAUAGGACAUUACAGCUUUUACCGACAAUUUGUAAUUGUAUUCUAAUUAAAUCUAUCAGUUUGUUUUACUAAAACAAUGGACCAUGAAACUAUGUGGUAUAGAUUCCUUACUUUUCGCAUAAGGACAUCUCAUAUUUGGAAAUAUUGCAGAUAUUAUAUGUCGUGUCUCUAUACUGUAUACUUAUGUAAAUAAAAAUCUUUGAAAAUAAA